CGGAUCGCAGCUGAACUUGUUUGGCGGACAACAAGAUGGCGUACUGGGCGACUGUCGCUUACUAAAGAAGUUUCACGAUCCAACGGUUAUUUAUAUUCUCAACGAUUCGUCUUUUUAAAGUACACGAAACUCAGGCUGAGUUUGGAGCGAUGGAGUGUUAUGUGAAGUGAAGAUUGAAGACGUGAUAGAAGAUGGACGACUACUGCUAACUGAAAGACAUUCAGCGCCACCAACUUCCAGCAAAUUACAGAGAAAAAGACGGAAAGUGCAGAUAAAGAUGAACGUCCAGCAGGCAAUUUGUGAUCGAGAAGAACUUCCCUCUCAGUUAGGGGCGAGCUCCGGUCUGAAGCAGGAGACUCCACAGCCACCCCACAUUAAAAAGGAAGAGGAGGAACUCUGGAUCACUCAGGAGGGAGAGUGUCUUCUAGGACGAGAGGAAGCUGAUUACACCAAGUUUCCACUGAGUAUUUUCUCUGUGAAGACUGAAGAUGACGAAGAGAAACCACAAGUAGACAACCUCUUAGCUCCACUAUCAGAUAGUGAGGCUGAAGACGAGAUUGAAGUCACUUUGAGCAGCGAUACAGACUGUGAAGGUGAUAUGAGGACUCACACUGACAACAAACACUCUGAAUGCUCUAAAAAAAAAAAAAGUAAAACUUGUUUGAGCUGCUCAGUUUGUGCUAAAAACUUUACCAAAAACAGCCAAUUAAUUUAUCACACGAGAACACACACAGGAGAAAAACCAUACAAAUGUUCAGUUUGUGGUAAACGUGUUACCAGAAAGAGCCAUUUGACUGAACACAUGAGAACACACACAGGAGAAAAACCAUAUCGUUGUUUAAUUUGUGGUAAAAGCUUUUCUCAAAAGAGCGGUUUGACUCCACACAUGAGAAAACACACAGAAGAAAAAACAUUUAAUGGCUCAGUUUACUCAGGAGAAAAAGCAUAUAAUUGUUCGGUGUGCAGUCGAAAUUUUUCUCUAAAGAAUUCUUUGCUUCAGCACAUGAGAAAACACACAAGAGAAAAAACAUUUAGUUGUUCAGUUUGUUGCAAGAGUUUUCCUGUAAAGAGGCGUUUGACUGAACACCUGAGAAUACACACCGGAGAAAAACCAUUUACUUGUUCAGUUUGUGGCAGAAGCUUUUCUCAAAUGGGCAGUUUGACUAAACAUAUGAGAACUCACACGAGAGAAACAACAUUUAACUGUUCAGUUUGUGACAAAAGCUUUUGUCAAAGCAGCAAUUUGACUAAACACAUGAAAAAACACGUGGGAGAAAAAACAUUUAGUUGUUCAGUCUGCGGCAAAAGAUUCCACAGUAAUGUGGAUGCACUAAAACACACCACAACACACGAGGGAAAAUAACUAAUCAGCUGUUUAGUUUCUGGUAUGUUGCUCAUAUGUGGCGACAUCCACACAAACCCAGGAUCUCCUCAAAUAAGUUCACUGCUUCUUUCACAAAUAUUUGAGGUAUUUGUAUACAAAUUGGGAUUAUCUGGAGCCUAAAUGCAUAUCCUCAUGACCCCAUGUCAUCUGUGUAAUAUUAGGACAAUGCCAUAAAUAAAUGUAGUCACCAAGAAGCCAGCCAUCACACACAAUGCCAGCUUGUAGUCUGUUCCCAACCAUGCUGUUACUUAGAAUGUGAGAAUCAUGUGUUGAAGCAGGACACAUCACUACAAUGUUGUUCAUUGCAUUUGCACAUCACAUAUGAUCUCUACACUGAUCCUAUUAAAUAUGUUUCUUGUUGACAUUUACAUAAUCAUCAUGUGAUGGUGCUUUUAUAGCAAAGUGGUUUUCAUUGAGGGCCACAUGGCAGUUAUGGCUGCCAUCAGAGGGCCGUUUGUAACAGUGAAUAAUGUAUGAAUUUUCCUCUGGAUUUCAUUAUUAAUUAUAUAAAUUGUUCUAAGUGUACUGUGGAUUUUACAGUCAAAACUUUACAUUUACAACAUUUUACUGUAAAAGAUCAUUUGUUUGUUAUCUUCACAACAUUUUACGGUAAAUGGAAAAACAGGAGUACUGUUUUUUUGGUUUUGCUUUU